AUGAUCCCUGAGCCUCCUGCCAUCACUCACCUGUCUCCCACCUGAAGACCUCCCACCUGCCUUGCAGACCUCAGUAGCUCCUGUCAUGAAGACUGCGCUGAUCCUCGCCGUCAUCGGCUGCGUCGCUGUGUCCAUCAGGGCCGCCACAAUUGUUCCAGUCGAGGCUGCUGCAGUUCAACAGAACAACAGUCCUCCACCAAAAGCAGGGCCGGAUGCAGCUGUAGCGAGUGGACCUGAAGCUCGUUUCCAUUUCUGCCUUGAUGGUUGGCUUGGUUUCCGUGGUAACUGCUACUACUUAGCCAACCACGUCGACACCUGGAGCGGCGCAGAGAGCUUCUGUGCGAGCUUCGAUGGCAGCCUGGCCUCAGCCCAAAACAUCUGGGAGUAUCAGUUCCUCCAGCGAGUGGUCAGGACUGGAGGACACACCUUUGCCUGGCUUGGAGGAUACUUCUUUGAGGGCAACUGGAGGUGGGGAGAUGGCUCCGUGUUUAACUACCACAACUGGGAAAUAGAGAGCUUCACCGACAGUUUCCAGUGCCUCAAGCUCAGCUCUCAAGCGGGCUGGUCCAAUCACGGCUGCAGCACGCGCUCCCCGUUCGUCUGUCAGGUGAAGCCGACCUGCUAGACGCCACAGUGCACAGUGCUGCAGCGCCACGACACAAGGCUGCUGCCGCUUCUGUACGAGACGACUUCAAGUCCCUCUCAUGCUUCUAUGUGUUUGUCCGAUGACACAUGAUUCCGCAACAUUCAAGUAUAUACAU